UUUCUUCACGAUACGUUCAGCUUCAUCACUUCUCAUUUACUCAAUAGCUACAUUAGGUAUCAUUCAUUUUACGGGCACUUAAUAAUUAUGUUGUUGUUAAUUUUGAUCAAUAUUUACGCAGUCGUAUCUGGUUUGGUUUUCAUAAACGGAGUCGAGGUAUCCACGAAACAAGGUAUUUUGAAAGGUGGACUUGAGAAGAGUAGAGGUGGACGGAUAUUUUAUUCUUUUUAUGGUAUUCCUUACGCGGAGCCUCCAGUAGGAGAGUUACGAUUCGAGAACCCAAUUCCUGCCAAAUCAUGGACUGGGGUACGAGAUGGCACAAUUUUACCACCAGCUUGUCUUCACUAUUUCCUGGGACAAAUUCAUGGCGAAGAAGAUUGUCUCUAUUUGAACCUUUAUACACCGAAAAUAUCCAACGAAACGUUGUUACCUGUGAUGGUAUUCACCUAUGGAGGCCAAUUUAUGUACGAUAAUGCCUUACCUCACAGAUACGGACCCCAUUAUUUCAUGGACAGAGACGUUAUUCUGAUUACUUUUCACUACAGAUUAGGAAGUCUAGGCUUCCUCAGCACUGAAGACGAAAUAAUCCCCGGAAAUUACGGAUUGAAAGAUGGAGUUGCGGUUCUUCGAUGGGUACAAAAUUUCAUCGACGAUUUUGGUGGCGAUAGAAACAGAGUGACUAUAUUUGGAGGAAGCUCCGGUGCCAUUAGCGUCUCUAUGACUUUACUUUCUCCUUUAGCAGAAGGUCUAUUCCAUCGUGCUAUAUCUCAAAGUGGACAUCCUUUCGACAUGGAACGCCCUGGUAAAGCGAAACUGAACGCUUGGAAAUUCGGCUCCAUGGUUGGAUGUUCCGGAGAUGAUGUGAAAACUUCAGAAGAGCUAUUAAAAUGCUUGAAAAAUAUCCCUGGCGAGAAACUGGUCUCUUAUAAUACAAAACUUUUUACAGGUGGAAUUCUGAUCCCAGCGUUUCCUUGGGGACCUGUCAUAGAAAAUGAAAAAGUAGAAGGAGCUUUUCUAGUCGACGAACCGAAAAAACUUAUUGAACGGAGAUCGGAUAUUCCUUGGAUUUUGGGUAUAAAUUCUGACGAAGGAGGCAUGAUGGCAUUACUGGCGUAUUUUAGAUCUGACGGCGCAGCUUUAUUGAGAGAAUUGGACAUGAGUUACAGAAAACUUUUUCCAGUCAUGUUUCGUUACGGACAUCACGUGAAGGAUCUCGAACAGUUGGAUUUAGUGACAGAAACUUACAAAAAUCAUUUUUUUGGCGAGAAAACUAUUAGUCAGAAUAUCCAUGGGUUCUCCAAGAUGUUCACCUCAUUAAUCUACUUGACGGGGCUCAAAGAGGCAGUAAAAUUAUACAAGGGACAGAAAUACGUUUAUUAUUACCAUCAUCAAAACAAACAGUCAUUUGCCAAAAUGUAUUUUGCCAAUGCUGACGUUGAAAUGGGUAUUAUUCAUGGCGAUGAACUUGUAAGCUUUUACAAUUGGUCUUCUGUGAUAACGCCAGUAACCGAAGGAGUAGACUUGGUUGUUUCUGAACAACUGCUCGAUUUAUGGACCAAUUUUGCUGCUAAUGGUCACCCGAAUUUUGAGGAUAAAGUCAUCUGGGAUCCUGUCGAUUCGAAUGAUAUUAAUUAUUUGUACAUACGGGAUGGUAUUCUUGAAAUGAAAGAAGAGUUGUUGAAAGAAGAAUACGAAUUCCUUGACAGUGUACCAGUCGAUGGGUAUUUCUAAACGUAGGUUGGAAUUGGAUUUUGUCAACGAAGAAAAAAAAAUCAUUUCACUGUGAUGAUAGAAUUUCUGUACUUUUAUUUUCAAAAAAUGAUUCGAAUUACCAUCACAUUCUGCUUCGAAUGGGUCAGAAACUGUAGUUGCUAUGUAUGUUAACUAAAUAAAAAUGCUCAGUCUACUAGACGUUAAUCAAAUUUCAAAGUAUAAAAACCAGUUCGUGUGCUUAUAAAAAUAAAAAGUCGUUCAUCAGA